AUGACAGAAAAGUUUGAAGCGUGGAAAUGGUUAUGGACUCAAUAUCAGUAUCGUCGGUCCUCUAAGCCAACAACUGGAUUCGCGUUAAAUAAAGAUCUCAUUAGUACUUGCGGUAUCACUUUUGAAUAUUGUCUAAAUGAUACAUCAACACUUUUAUUAAAAAAGUUGUUUGAAGCAAGUAUAACUGCAACUGCUCAAAAAAAUACUAAUCGUGAUAGUCACCCCAUUGGUUUAGUAACAGGUGCUCCAGGGAUUGGCAAGACACGAUUUUUGUUGGAAUGUGUUAAUCAUAUAAAGAAAAACUUUCCAAAUUUUUUCAAAGACUUUGUUGAUCUUGUCAUAAUAUCUUACAGUAAUGCAAAUAUUCCUAAUAAUUUAGAUUUGGAAUUGGGAGAAAACAAAUCCUUAAGCUUACGAUUUUUACAUUCAGUAUUUGUGGAUCCAAUAAGAGCAUAUGUAGACUUUGUUAUGGAUCUUAAAGAAGCAGGAUUCCAAUAUGAUGAUAUUACUCUCAGAGAAGCAAUAACAAUUGCACGCAAAGGGUUAAAUAUUCAACCAACAAGUAAUUGGCUCUUGGUAAUAUCGAUUGAUGAAUUCAAUAAAAUUAUAACCAACUUUGAAAAUGAUAGAGGUCAUAAGUUCCUAUCAAAAAUCAGCCAAAUUCUUGGAAGCGUCAUGUGUAAUCCACCUGAAUAUACAACUGUGUUGGGCUUGAUGGCAGGGACUAUGGCUACGACAAUAAAUACUGUCUUCCGUGAGUCCUCUCAUCUUACAAUGUCAAUGCGUCUAUCUCCAUUAAGUGAAAAUGAACGUGCUAAAAUUCUUAUGAUGUUGGGUUUCCCAGAAAAAUGGAAAACGUGCCGAGAAUUUCGUCUUUCUUUAGCAGAUGUUGGAGGUCUUCCGCGGAUUUUUGAAGCAUUUGUUAUGGAAUGCCAGCCCUACAUCAGAAAUAAUAUAGCAAUUUCAGGAUGGCCAUUUAAGGAACGAAUUAUACCUGCUGUAAAAAAUUAUGCACAUACACGUUAUCUAGAUGGUGCUCGUCCAUUUGCUGUUAAGCUCAUUGAAGAUAUCAUCCUCCAAACACCUGUAUAUCGUGAAAAUGCUAUUGAUACAACUGGUAAUAUUCCUACUACUUAUGGUGAGCUUGAAUCCCAAGCUGAUGUAUUACUUAUAGAACAAGAUGAUAAAUCGUGUAUUGUUACAAUGCCUUUCCUUCUUCUUGAAUGGCUUUUAACUAGUGCAUCAUGUCUUCAAAAUCCCGCAACAGCUUUACUUAAAAAAUUGUUUGUUUAUGGCAUAGAUAAGAAAAUCACAUGGCAAGAGUUUGAAGUAUUUGUUGCAAUCUUUGAAACUUCUAAAACAAUGCUCAUGUAUCAACAUGAAAAGAGAUCAUCAAAUCAUAGUUGUAUAACUAUUAAUUUGUCUGAUUAUUUCAAAGUUGAGCAUGAUUUUCCUGAUAUAAUUUUACCUCAAAAUAUUACAUUUUGUAAAUCUAUGGAACGUUUUCCAAGGAAUAAAAAUAUAACUGAUUCAUGUACUGGAAGAUCCAUAAAUUGGGAAUGUGAAACAAGCCCGACAAUUAUUAAUGGCAAUUCGGCAGAAUUUGCAGAUAUAUUUACAGUUAGAAUGAUGGCAGAUGAUUUGAGUGAUUGUGAGGAAAGAGAUGACAGUAAAGCAUAUUUCACCAGCAAAUUUAUUCCCUACCUAUGUGGCAGUUUCAAUAAGUAUUUUUUAAUAUGUGGACAAUGUAAUUUAUAUUCAUCAAAUACUAAUAUUUCAAAAAAAGACAUAGAGGACGAGAUACAAAAAAUUCAUAAUGCAAUAACAACAUAUCUCCCAAAAUAUAAUAAUCGCUGGUUGCUUGUAAUAUACACUACUCGAAUUAUGGAAAAUCCAGUAGAUGAUCCAAGAUGUAUUGUUAUUGAUAGCGUUAAAAUGGAAGAACAUUUCAGUAAGACUUUAGUUGAGAGAGCGAUACAUUUGCUUGAACAUAGGAAAGUAAACAUCAACUAUUUUGAUGUAAUUGAAUUAAAACAAGCACGUGGUGUUGGCACUAAAUAUGCAUCUAUGAUUGUUGAAGAACGAAAACGAGGAGGUUCAUUUGAAAAUUGGGAGAAUUUAAAGAGGCGUAUCAAUUGCAUCCCUGAUGCUUUAUAUGAUAAAUUUGAAUACUAG